AUGAAGUGGUCUACAUCGCUGAUAGGAUUAUUCGUCUAUCUUGCCGUCCUGGCCGACGUCGUCACGGUGAAUGGAGCGGAGAAUCCUCGUAUAGUUAUUGUUGGUGCGGGUGCUGCCGGUAUUGCCGCCGCUAGUCGUCUAUACCAAAAGGGCUUCAAGAACAUCACUAUUCUGGAAGCGUCACAUCGAUUCGGUGGCCGUAUCCGUACGACUCCGUUCGGUGGUGGUAUUGUAGAGUUGGGUGCCCAAUGGUGCCACGGGGAACAGGGCAACGUAGUGUACCAGCUGGCAUCGGUCUAUCCCGGGCUGCUGAAGUCCUCCAUCAUUGCGGAUGAGGAUGCCGCACUGAUCCGUUCGAGUGGGGUACAGGUACCGGCAGCAGUGGCGGACCGAUUGCAAACCAUGGCGGAAGGAAUUAUUGAGUCACCAGGCAGGGACACGUUCGACGGAAGUUUGGGUGAAUACUUUACGCAAGAAUAUUGGAAAAAGUUGGCCACACCAGCGUUUAAGGACAUCAGCCGUGAAUUGGCGGAACAGUUCUUAGUGUACUAUCACAACUACGAGCGUGGCUAUACCGCUUACGAUUCCUGGUACGAGGUGGCAGCUAGCGAAACCGAUAGCUACGUAGAACCGGCCGGCAACCAGGACAUUGCAUGGAAUGGAAAGAAAGGAUUCUCCACCAUUCUGGACAUUGUUUCGGGUAAUUAUCCAGGAACAACCAACAAAACGCUUACACCGGUUCCGAUCACUAAUCUCAUCGCCUAUAACAAAUUCGUGUCCAACAUCCAAUGGAAAGGAUCGGCAGAUGGUGAUGUGAUUGUUAAGGCACAAGAUGGUACCACCUACGAGGCCGACAAUGUCAUCGUGACGGUGUCGUUGGGCGUGCUGAAAGAGAACUUCCGUACAAUGUUUACGCCUGCACUGCCAACCGUGAACCAGCAGGCCAUCACAGGGCUGUACUUUGGCACGGUUAACAAAAUAUUCGUUCUGUUCGAUGCGCCCAUACCGGAUGAUUUCCCCAACACCGUCCAUCUGCUCUGGUACAAAUCGGAUCUGAACGCGCUGCGUCAGUCACCGAACGCCUGGGCCGAAGCUGUUUCCACCUUCUUCCGCAUCGACAACCAACCGAAUGUGCUGAUGGCCUGGAUGAAUGGGGCCGAAGGACGUCGGGCCGAGUAUCUGCGGGAUGCGCCGAUCAAGGAUGGCAUUCUGCAUUUGCUUAAAAUAUUUGGCAAAAAUUUGAAAUUUGGCAACAUUUUGGGACUUUUAAGAUCCAAAUGGUCAUCGGAUCGUCUGUACCGCGGUUCCUAUUCGAGCCGUUCAAUAACAACCGAGAACUUGAAUACGGGGGCGCGAUCUCUUGGAAAACCGGUUAAAAAUGCAGCCAAUGAGCCCGUUCUGCUGUUUGCCGGCGAAGCUACCAAUCCGAUACACUACUCCACCGUCCAUGGUGCCAUCGAUAGUGGGUUCCGUGAGGCAAAUCGAUUGAUCAACUACUACAGCUGA